AUGGCGAGCCAGCAAGCACCAUGGAGCUUCCAACAACCUCAUUCCGGAUACAACAUUGCACACCAGCACGGAUAUCAAUACUACUCUCACGAUGAACCGUCGUACGACAACGUGGGAGUCCAAUACCCUGACACACAAGGAGGCCAGCCGGCAAGUUCAGCGGCAAACAUGAGCCAUUACGAAGUCACUUCUCCUGAUGAAGCUCAGAUGUGCGGAGAAUACUAUGCGGAGCAGCGCAACGAUAGCUUCUGGCAAUGGCCACAACAGAUGCCUCAUCCGAGUCAAAUCCAUCGUUCACUUCACGCAGAUUCUGCUACUGGGGACUCUAGAUAUGGUUUCGAACCUGGUCGGGAUUCAUUCUUUAAGAAGCCGAGUCCGCCAAUAGCUACACCACGCACCCAGAUAUCUCCGACCUCCUCUCACUGGGACAUGGAUGACAAUGCCAGUUCCGUGACCACGAACAUUGCGACACCAACAGACCUCAUCCCCGAUCCACCUACGGAACUGGUCGACCCGCCUGUCGAGGACAUGAGCCCAAGCGACAAGACAAUGGUACCACAGAGACGCAGUCUCAAAGAUCCAAACCAUCUAUACAUGCCGCGCUGGAUUCGAGGAGAUGGUAAACAACGCGAAGGCUGGUGCGGGCAAUGUCGUCCUGGCAAAUGGCUAAGUCUGAAGCGCAGUACCUAUUGGUACCACAAGAACUUCUGUCAUGGCAUCACUGUCAUGGGCACACCGUUUCCACGUCCGACUCGUACUCGAGCUUUGUUUGAUGACAAAGGUUGGGAAGGGUUUUGUGGAUCUUGCCGUAAAUGGAUCGUGCUGAAUGGUGGCAAGAAAAGUCAUACUUCCUGGUUCAGACAUGCUUACAAGUGUGAUCCCGCUGCUGUCGCUAGAAGCUCACCCUCCAGAUCCUUCACCUACUGA